UUCCUUCCCACUCGAUACCCACCCUUAACGGCUGGCGUAAUGCCAACCUCACAACAGCAGUUCCAAUCGGUGCCGCUCACCUCUCCGGACCUCACACCCCUCUCUUCACUACCAGAGAAGACCGAUCUCGCACGAUGGCGUCUCACCACUCCUGGCCUGGGAACGCCAGACGUGGGAAGGCAUUUGUGGAGCUACUUGAGCGACGAUGAGGUGGGCACUGCGGGGGAGCAGACGAUGGAGGAUAGAUUUCACCUGGGACUACUGCCGACUUCGUCGUCUGGAUCGAAAGGCGAGCGCCGCAGCGCAGCGAAAGCAGCAGAGGAUGCGUUCCUUUAUUACCAAAAGGUUCAAUCCCCUGAUGGCCACUUCGCUGGCGAGUAUGGAGGCCCUCUCUUCCUCCUUCCCGGUCUCGUAAUCGCCUCGUACGUGACCGAAACCCCUUUCCCAACCGAAUGGCGCAUCGAAAUCACCCGCUACCUUCGUAACGAGCAACACUCAGACGGCGGGUGGGGCCUUCACAUCGCCGGUCCCUCAACAGUGUUUGGCACGGCAGCAAACUACGUCGUGCUUCGUUUGCUAGGGAACGGGCCCGAUCUGCCCUUCAUGGCGAAAGCGAGGGCUAAGCUCCACGAGCUGGGCGGGGCAACGGGGAUCCCGAGCUGGGGGAAGCUGUGGCUGGCUGUUCUGGGCGUCUAUGACUGGGAAGGCAUGAACCCAAUUCCGCCUGAGCUGUGGUGCUUGCCCGAUGGGGUGCCGAUUCAUCCCUGGAGAUGGUGGAUCCAUACGCGCAUGGUCUACAUCCCUAUGGGGUGGUUGUGGGGGUGCAAGUACACAUACCAUGACGCCGAGACAGAUUCGCUCAUUUCAGCGCUACGCACAGAACUCUACGCCAAGCCAUACAGCUCCAUCAACUGGCCCUCACAGCGCAACAACAUCGCCUCAAUCGACAUUUUUGCACCGCACACUAAGGUGCUCAACGGGCUCAUGUCCCUUCUCGGCAUCUACGCCAAAUUUACCCCGGGCGUUGUUCGCUCCGCUGGCCUGAAGCAAGCCUACAAUCUGCUCUGCCGGGAAGACGAGAACACCGGCUACCAAUGCCUCGGCCCUGUCAACAAGAUGCUGAAUCAAGUAGUCCGCUACGCAGUCGAUGGGCCCAACUCCCCCGCAAUGGCCAAGCAUCGCGAGAAGAUGCGCGACUUCCUCUGGAUGUCCCCUUCCGGCCUCAUGAUGUGCGGGACAAAUGGCUCCCAACUGUGGGACACGAGCUUCAUAGCUCAGGCCGUCUCCUCUACCUCGACACUUGUCCGCAACCCCAACAUCAAGCCCAGCAUCCAAGCCAUUCUUGCUUGGCUGGACGACACGCAGAUUCGCGAGAAUCCGCAGCAUUAUCGCUCUUGCUACCGCUUCUCUACGAAGGGGGCUUGGCCGUUCAGUACGAAGCAACAAGGAUAUACUGUGUCUGACUGUACGGCGGAAGGAUUGAAGGCAGUUUUGGACCUGCAGCAGGAGAGUAUGGGAUUGGAACAGCUGGUUGAUGAGGGGAGGCUCAGAGACGCAGUCGACCUGUUGUUGACCAUGCAAAAUUCUUCUGGCGGAUUUGCUAGCUACGAGACGAUCAAUGGACCGGCGGUGCUGGAGUGGAUCAACCCGGCGGAGGUGUUCGGAGACAUCAUGAUUGAGUACUGCUACCCCGAAUGCACCACCUCCGUCGUAGGCGCCCUUUGCAAGUUCCGCGCCCAUUCCCCCAAGUAUCGCCGUGCCGACAUCGACAAGUGCGUCUCUCGUGCCGUGGCCUAUAUCCUCUCCGCCCAGCGCAAGGACGGAUCUUGGUUUGGCUCAUGGGCUGUAUGCUUCACCUACGCGACUAUGUUCGCCCUCGAAUGCCUGCACCUCGCCGGCUACCACUACGAGAACUCAGAGCCGGUCAGGCGGGCGUGCGCAUUCCUUGUCAGCAAGCAGAAUGCAGAAGAUGGAGGAUGGGGCGAAGGAUUCGAGAGCUGCGUACGUGGGGAGUGGACGCCGACAGAAAGCGGGAGGAGCGAGGUUGUGCAGACUAGCUGGGCACUGUUGGGGCUCCUGCAUGCACAGUACCCUGAUGAGGAUGGAAGCUUGAGGAGGGGCGCUGAGUUUGUGCUUCGGGGCCAGGAGGAGGAUGGGAGCUGGAAAGAGACGCCAGAAGGUAGAUGUGUGGGCGUCUUCAACCGUAACUGCGGCAUCGUGUAUCCGAACUAUCGCUUCUCCUUCACCAUCUGGGCGCUGGGUAAGGCAACGCAGCGAUUCGGAGAGUCAUGGCCGCCGGCAUCGACGUCUUAGAUAAGGCAAGUACGCGACUGUAUCUAGCAUUAAAGCCAGUCAUCACUGGCCGAAAGCUUGGCAAUGUCAGACAACAGCAUCUCCGUGACAUUGGUCCACGCAUUCGAGAGAUGCUAUGCUGCGCCUGACGUCCUCAAUUUGCCUUCUUGGCGCGGUCAACAGCGCCCGCAUGUUUUUCAAGCGCUGCCAAUCUUUCGGGCAAGGUCGGGUGAGAGUGGUGAUACGCCGAGUAGAGCCAGUCGUAGUGCAUCGACGAGAGACUGUUGCAGGAGGAAAGUUGAAGCUGUCAAUGUUCGGCUACGAAGAGCGGACUUCGAGACUCGCACUUACUUCUGCUUGUGUAGCUUGAUCAGCGCUACCUGCAACAGCUCUGCGUAAGACGUUUGCGUGCUCUGCGCCAGCUCGGCUUCACGCAACUCUUUCCUUGUUGCUUGGUCCUCGUCUUUCUUCUCUGGCC